CGCCUCGGAACCACGGGCGCGAGGCCACCGGCUAUUUAAAGGUGUGUCUGAUGGCGCCGUGGCCUUCGCGUUUAAACGCCCCGGCUGCAAAGGGCUCGAUCCCUUUCAGGACUUUGGAAUUACCACAAAGGAUCCAACGUGCACGAGGCAAGGAUCGUGUGGAGAUAGACAUGGUGCAGAUUUCAACCCCUACUCGAAGUGUCACCCCCCAAUCUGAGUGCUCAGAAAGUCAGGAGAACCUGGUCAUGGCUGAAAGGCCUGAGCUGUGCUCACCAGGUGCUCUGAGUGCCCUGCAGCGCAGCCUGGAGACCUCCACUGUCUACUAUGGCUAUGAUACCUACAUAGAAGAUGGGCUCCUCUGCCUUAAGCACAAAAUCCGAAAUUUAGAAAAAAAGAAGCUGAAACUCGAAGACUACAGAAAGAGGCUGGACUUUGGUGAGGAACUUAACCAUGAUCAGACGGAGGCUGUAAAAAAGUAUGAAGAGGUCGUGCAUAAUCUGGUGUUCGCAAGGGAGCUCCACAUGAGCCUGAAUGCUUUGACUCAGAAUUUGCUCGUAGCCCAGAAGAAGGCCGUGAGGAAGGAGCAGGUGUUGAAGGAACAGACUGAGAGGAGGCAUCUGAGCACUGUGCUGCAGAUCCAGCACCUUCUCCACUGCAUGCAGCAGGAGCAUGUCAGAAGAGACCUACUGAGUGGAAGCAACCAGGCGCCACACAUUGCAGCCCAACAGCUGCGGAGUCUGAGUCUGCUUGCUGCUCUGCUGGGGGUCAAGAGGAAUAAUGGACUGAGUUUAGAGGAGCAGAUGGAGCAAGCGGCCACGGCCUAUUUGGACCUGCUAGAGGGGAAAGACAAGCCAGUGGCUGGAUCCACAUUUAAGCUUUUCAAAGAAGAGCUCACCAGGCUGUCAAACUGCAAGUACUUCAGUUGUCUUCCCCAUCCACCCAUGAAGUCACCAGAGGUGGUACUGAAGUCACACGACAAUAGCACACCAUCAAAGUCAAAACUUAAAGGUUCUAAGGAGAGCUGGAAUGAGGACUUCCAGACAACAAUUGAGCGGGAGCCUCCAGACAGCUGGGAUAUUGAGGUUGCAGAUGCACCUGGCUCAGCCCACGCCGCAGUCUACAAACCGUGGCGAGGAGCUGCUACUUUUAUCCCCAAGGUCCCAGUUGCUGCUAAGGAACAAUCUAUUGACUCCAAACAGACAAAGAAAACUGGAGCCAAAAGCAAGCGACGUGCCAAAUCUCAGGCAGUUCACAAGGGUAUGCCUGUAGAGGUUUUCAGCUAUCCAUAUGCCUUACCCAAAGACCCUGUCCUGAGGAAACAGCAUCUAGAGGACCUAAUGACAACGAUCCAUGGCUCUUUCAGUUUCAUGCAGGACUCUCUUCUGGAUGGGGAUAUUCCUGCCGCUAACGACUAUCCAAGAGUGAAGAGACAGCAGUCAAGAUCUCCGCUGCCUCUGGGUCACACGGUCUUGAGAAGCCCAGUCAAUGUUCUGCCAAAAGCAAUGCACUCCACCCCGCUGCCCAUCAAGCUUCUGGAGCGCAAAGCCAGUCUAACAAAUGAGGAUCCCUUCCUGGAGGUCUGUGACCCUUCCUCAACGGACCUGCCUCAUAUUGCAGUGGCAGAGUCAAAUAAAAAGUCCCCCCGUAAUGGGAUGAUUUCUUGCACCUCCACCCCCUCAAAGAGACAAAGUUUCUCUACACCUCCCGCUAGGCGAACUGUGACAUCUUCCCACAUUCAGCCAGCCAUUCGCUGCACUGCCAGUACACAAACCCCCCCUGAGUUUCUUACCUCAGAGGAAGAACCACUAUUUGUCUACCAAUCCGAUUAUGCGGUGGGAAACGGUGGACCCAUCUUCCUGUCCCCGGGCCAAUCGGAUGGAAGCGGAGGUCGUCCCAGCCAGUUGUACUAUAGCAGAGGAUCAGUGAGAGGAUCCUGUACCUCCCAGACUGAUCCAUGCUAUGCUGCCAGGGACUCUGGAUGUCAACAAGGCUUUAGCCGCGAAGGAGGGAGGCAUAAUUUGAGUGCAUGGAGUGACUCUUCCCAGAUGAGCCCACCGAACCGAGAGGGAGCUUUUACCAUCGUGGACUCUGGUCAUGGAGACUCCCUCUCGGUCUCCACAAUCGAGGUCCCUCUGACGCCCCAUGGUCACCAGCACACCCUUCUUCCGAUACAACUCCACCCACUCUCUCAGCCACUUCGAGUGGCCUUCAAUGCCUCUCGCACUGUCAAUUUCGCACCCGGAAACCUGGACCAGCCCAUCGUGUUUGACCAGCUGCACACCAACCUAGGGGAGAUGUAUGACACCCACAUUGGCCGUUUCACCUGUCCUGUCGACGGAACCUAUGUGUUCAUUUUUCACAUCCUGAAACUCGCCAUCAAUGUGCCCCUCUACAUUAACCUCAUGCGCAACGAAGAGGUGAUGGUGUCUGCAUAUGCCAACGAUGGAGCCCCGGAUCAUGAGACUGCCAGCAACCAUGCCAUCCUGCCUCUCUUUCAAGGUGACCAGGUGUGGCUCCGAUUGCAUCGCGGUGCCAUCUAUGGCAGCACCUGGAAGUACAGCACUUUCUCUGGCUUCCUGCUGUACCAGGAUUGAACUUCAGUCAAAGAAAUAGCUCUUUUCCUUUACUAAAUGGUGAUUCAACUGACAUUUCAGUAGUGUGUGUGACAAUGGUGGUGCUUCCUGAGAUAAUAUGUGUCUCAAUGUAAAUCAACCAGUGGCAUAUCACCUGUUCAACCCACAAUUUGCCAAUUGUGGAGAACUCUAAUGCAAUGUUGUGAACAAAUGGCUUUGAAUGGCUGACCAGAUGUUAAAUGUAUGAUAAACUUAAAAUUGAAGGAUUUAUAUAAUACUUUAUAUUUGAAUCUAUCGGCAUCUUAACUUGUUUCUGGGCUUCUACAUAUUAAGCCUCACAUUGCCGUAUCUGAAUUUGAAGCUGAGAAAGGAUUGUGCUCUUGGUGGUGGGUGUGGUGUUGAACACGUAAGGCCAAACUACUGUGGACAGAUGGAAAUGAUCCCUUGAUGUGCCUAAAUAAAUAAUGAAGCAGUG